AUGACUUCACAAUCAAAGUUUACGUUGCGGAUCGUCAAUGCCCCACUCCCAGCUAAGCUGAAGAUGCCUCCCACGUUGAAAUUUUACGAUGGUACGUCCGAUCCGGACGACCACAUGUUCGCGUUUGCCGGAGCGGCUAAGGUCGAGCAGUGGCCUAUGCCGGCUUGGUGUCUUAUGUUCGCCCAAACUCUCACCGGAUCGGCUAGAGUGUGGUUUGAUGGGUUGCCAGAAGGGUCGAUCGACCACUUUGAAGAUUUCCGACGUAUAUUCUUGCAAAACUUUUGUCAGCAGCGUCGUCGCAAAAAAGACAUUGCUGAAGUCCAUCACAUAAAGCGCCGCGAUGGGGAAUCCGUAGAAGAUUUUAUAGACCGUUUCAACCGAGAAAGCAUGCAGAUAAGCGGAGCAGUUGAUCAGCUCCGAGUCUCGGGAUUUUGCCACGGGGUGCGGAACAAUCAGUUGGUGGAAAAACUUCAUGAAGAUCUCCCAAAAACCAUGGAGGUACUCAUGGAAAGAGCUCGAGCUUUUGUUCGAGGGAAGAGUGCUUGCGGCCAGCCAAGUGAAACAACUGCCAGGAAUUCCAAAGCACGAACCACAUCGUGGAGACGGAACGCAUCACCACCAAAAGAUAGGAACAAUAACUGGAACAGAAGCCGUGGCCCGUAUCAAAAGUCCGACCGAAGCAGUUUUCGGACAGGAAAUGUGCGAUUCAACAGUUUCUCCGAGUUAACAAAGUCGCCAAGCGAAAUCCUCAGCACGGAGACUACUCGUUUCCCUACGCCGUCGAAGCAACGACCCACCUCGGAUAAGCACUCUAAAAAAUAUUGUGAAUAUCACCGAGACAAGGGCCAUACAACUGAUGAAUGUUGGGCCCUAAAGCAAGAAAUCGAAAAGGCCGUUCGAUCCGGUAAACUCUCACACCUUGUAAAAGAAGUAAAAGAUGGAAAGAAGCCAGCAACAGCAGUCGAUAAUCCGAACACCGAGCCCGGAAUCAAUAUGAUCCGGUCAGCCGAACCAAGAGGGGUAAAGCGGUCGAACCAGCAUAUGGCAGCAUGGAUGCACCAACCAACGUAUUUCCCUCCGGUCGAUCCCGAAGAUGCUCGGGACGGACCAAUUACAAUUUCAGCUGUUGUCGCCGGACACCUGGUCCGACGCAUUUACGUGGAUGGAGGAAGCGCCUUUGAGGUCAUGUAUAUCCAGUGUUUCCAACAGCUGAAUCCCCAAACAAAAAGGAAGUUGAUCGAGGUAUCUACCCCUUUGAUAAGCUUCUCAGGAGAGGUAGUCCGACCGAUAGGACAUAUUACUCUCCCGACCACAUUCAAAGACGGUAACAAGAGCAGAACAGUACCACUAACUUUCCUGGUUGUUCGAACUCAUUCUUCGCACAACAUAAUACUCGGGCGACCCGGAUUACGAGCUCUUGGAGCAAUCAGUUCGACAAUACACGGAGCUAUUAAAUUCCCUACCGAAGCCGGUGUUGCCACUAUCUGUUCAGAGUCGAAUUCGUUUGUCGCCGAAGUAAGACAUGCGGCAGAAACGAGCUCCCAAAAGUCCGAAGUACCCACGGAACUUUGGGCAAUCAACCCGGAUUUUCCCGAGCAACAAGUAGCUAUUGGUGCUCAGCUCCCAAAACGAGCGAAGAAGCUUUUAUGGGAAUUGUUAAGCAACUCGAUAGAUGUCUUCGCGUGA